AUGAUUACCGUCACUGUUACCAUCUAUGAUACCGUUACCGUCAUUGUUUCCGCCAUCAUCACCGUCAACCUUACCAUUGUCAUUACGAUCAUCGUCAUCGUUACUAUUACUAUAACCGUUAUAAUCACCGUCACCUUGACCAUUAUCGUAAUCGUUACUGUUGUCGUUACCGUCACCAUCGCUGUUACUGUUACUAUCACAGUUACCGUUACCGUUAUCAUAAUCAUUAUUGUCAUCAUUAGUGUCAUUGUUACCAUCACCGUCACCGUUACAGUUACUGUUACCGUUAUUGGCACCGUUACUGUUACUAUCACCUUUACCAUCACCAUUAUCCAUACCAUUACCAUCAUCGUCACUAUUAUCAUUACCAUUACCGUGAUCAUAACUGUUAUUAUCAUUGUUAUCGUCACUAUUACCAUCAUCGUCACUGUUAUCAUUUCCAUUACUGUUAUCAUAACCGUUAUUGUCACUGUUACUGUCAUUGUUAUCGUCACUGUUACCAUUAUCGUUAUCAUCACUGUUACCAUCAUUGUCAUCAUAAGCAUUACAGUCAUCGUUACCGUUACUUUUACCCUUACCGUCAUCGUUACUGAUACUGUCAACGUUACCGUCAAUGUUACAAUCAAUGUCACCAUUAUCGUUACCGUCACCGUUACAAUAUGUGAUACCACUACUGUCAUCGUUUCCGUCAUUGUCACCGUCAACCUUACCAUUAUCGUUAAGGUCACCGUCACCAUUACUAUUACUAUUGCCGUUAUAAUCAUCGUCACCAUGACCAUUAUUGUAAUCGUUAUCGUCAUCAUUACCGUUACUGUCACCGUUACCAUCACCUUUACGGUAACCGUUACCGUUACUAUCACUGUUACCAUUACCGUAAUCACUACCAUUAUUGUAACCAUUACUAUCAUUGUUACUGUCACCGUUACCAUCACUGUCACCGUUACAGUUAUUUUACCUUUACCAUCAACAUUAUCCAUACCAUUACCGUCACCGUUACUAUUACCAUUACUGUUAUCUUAA